GAGUGGGCGGAGCUUUUGGCGCUUGGCCGCCAAUCAGCGAAGGAGCGGGAUUUCCGUCAGCAGAAAGGAAGUCCCCUUUUGAGAGAGAGAGAGAAAAAAAGGUUCCGCUUAUCUCUCGAUGAACCUUCUUAUGAGCCGAGGCUGGCCUCGUGGCGACGCGCCUGUGCAAUCAGGUUAACGGGUAGGCAAAGAGGAUAAAGGCGUAAAAAGUGUGUGUUCACUUUUGAUCUAAUGGCGCACAUCAGCAUAAACCAAUACUUGCAGCAGGUAUUAGAAUCUAUUGACAGCAAAGAUGGAUUAUUUUGUGCAGAAUUGGUAUCAUUUAAACAUCCUCAUGUUGCAAAUCCUAGGCUUCAGCUUUCAUCUCCAGAAGAAAAGUGCCAACAAGUGCUCGAAGUACCCUAUGAUGAAAUGUUUGCUGCCCACUUAAGAUGCACGUUUGCAGUUGCCAACCAUGAUUUUGUAGAAGCAUACAAAUGCCAGACUGUUAUAGUACAAUCUUUCCUGAGAGCUUUUCAAGCACACAAAGAAGAAAAUUGGGCUUUGCCUAUUAUGUAUGCUGUAGCACUUGAUCUUCGGAUUUUUGCUAAUAGCGCAGACCAACAGCUAGCAAAGAAAGGCAAAGGCAAAAUUGGGGACAUGUUGGAAAAAGCUGCAGAACUCCUGAUGAGCUGUUUUCGUGUAUGUGCCAGUGAUACUCGAGCUGGCAUUGAAGACUCCAAAAAGUGGGGCAUGUUGUUCUUGGUGAAUCAACUUUUUAAAAUUUAUUUUAAGAUCAACAAGCUUCACCUCUGCAAACCACUGAUAAGAGCAAUUGAUAGCUCUAACCUUAAAGAUGAAUACAGCAUGGCACAGAGAGUUACCUAUAGAUAUUAUGUUGGACGGAAAGCCAUGUUUGAUAGUGAUUUUAAACAAGCUGAAGAGUAUCUAUCUUUUGCCUUUGAGCACUGCCACCGCUCCAGCCAGAAAAAUAAAAGGAUGAUCCUGAUUUAUUUGCUACCAGUAAAAAUGUUACUGGGCCACAUGCCAAUGAUCCAACUUUUAAAAAAAUAUGACCUCAUGCAGUUUGCAGAAGUCACAAAGGCUGUGAGUGAAGGGAACCUUCUUCUGUUGAAUGACGCUCUGGCGAAGCAUGAGACAUUCUUUAUACGUUGUGGGAUCUUCCUUAUCCUUGAGAAGUUGAAAAUAAUCACCUACAGGAAUCUCUUCAAGAAAGUAUAUUUGUUACUCAAAACUCACCAGCUAUCUCUAGAUGCCUUUCUGGUGGCCCUGAAAUUCAUGAAAGUUGAUGAUGUUGAUAUUGAUGAAGUCCAGUGUAUUCUAGCCAACCUCAUAUAUAUGGGUCACAUUAAAGGCUAUAUUUCCCACCAGCAUCAGAAACUUGUUGUCAGCAAGCAAAACCCAUUCCCACCACUUUCUACUGUCUGUUGAAUCUGUAAUGACCAAAAUGGAGAUGUACUACUAUUAAUAUGGAGUACUUUGGGAACAUGUUUCUUUACAAAAGAAUCAGAACUAAUCUGAAUGCAGAGAUGUCAUCACAAGGAGUUUUUUUGAGUGUGACAAUACAGAUCCUUCGCGAUACCCUCCCCAGAAGAUGUAUGGAGGAGUGAAAAUAAUCUCAUAUACUAUUCUGCACUCUCCCAGCAAAGGAGCUUCCCCUAUUCAAGGUCUUCUGUGGAUAUAAGAAGCCUUGUCAUUGAGGGAACAUAGAUUGUGGAUCCAAAUUUAUGACUCCUUUCAGCAAGCUACAUUUUUUAAAGAAAACACACCAUUUAAGUUGCACUUUUUGCUGAUAUCCUUCUAUCGAGUUCUGUUCAUAAAAGAAACUGUCACAAUUAUAAGUUUCAACUAUUUUUUUAUCCCAAUAAAAGAUAAUUUUAGUA